CAGUGUGUGUAAAGUAAUUUGUUUAUUGAGUUACUCACGGUUGCGAAAAUGAAAGCGGUUUUGGAAAUCUGCUUCGUAUUGCUGCUGGUGUCCCAGAGCGAAUCGGCCUGUUUGUGGUCCAAAACGUACUGCAGCAAAAUUAGGUGCGUGGACGUAAAUGAGACGACUCUGGAUGGGCAGUUGGCCGAGUUGUGGGACAAACCGCAGCCAAAGGCCGUGAACGGCUCCAGCGAGUGCUACAUUUUCGAAAUAAUCCACUCGAAACUACCGACCUUGGAAAGACUAAGUAUCGACGCCAAAUAUAACUGUGACGAAAUUCGUCUGUCGUCGCUCGGACUGAGUUUCGUAAACCCAACGGUGUUAGCCCCAUUUGCGAAUCUCAAGCGGAUCCGUGUGGAUCAUAACCGUUUAGCUUCGGCGGGGUUUCUCAAGUCUCUAGGUGAUCUAGAGGAACUCUUCCUGCAAUACAACCAGUUGGAAAGGAUCGAAACUUCGGACAUUGCGGAUGUUUCCAAAAUGAAGACGCUGGAUUUGUCCUACAACAAGCUGUCCUCGAUCGACUCAAUCGUGUGCAAAAUGGCAGCGCUGGAAACUUUAAAGCUGAGCGGUAAUCAAAUCGCGGCGUUGGGCGACUGUCUACAAAACUGUCGGGGCUUGGUCAAUCUGCAUUUGGGCGAGAAUCGUAUAUCUGUAAUUUCCAAGGAUGCGUUGGCGAAUUUGACGCGUCUUAGGCUUCUCGGGAUGGGCGACAACAACGUGUCCGUAAUCGAAGCUGGGGCGUUCACCAGCCUGUCGUCCUUGAAGACGCUAUACUUGCGCAACAACAACUUGGUCAGCCUGCGGGUGGAUUUGUUCGAAGGACUCACUCAGUUAAAGUAUCUUAUUUUAACCCACAACCCGAUCCAGAAUCUUGAGCCUGGCGUGUUUCAGAACUUGACGAUGGUGUCAGAAAUUUCACUGGCGGAUAAUGCGCUGUCCUCUUUGCGGAGUGGCAGCUUCAGAGGUUUGGAAUCCGUGACGAGGUUGGACUUAGGGUCGUCGUCACUCACGGAAAUCGAACCUAGCGCGUUUGCCGGCCUCCAUCACUUAACGGAGCUUCAACUGUUCGAAUCGGAGAUAUACAAGAUUGACCCGGGGGCCUUUGAGGAUCUACCCAAUCUGGUGACACUCGAUCUCGAAGGUAACCGGUUUCAACUGGUAACGGGCAUUUUCGCGGGGUUGGCGAAUUUAGAAAACCUACGCAUAGAGGGCAACGUUUUUCACACUAUCCCGACCGACGCUUUUAGCGGACUCACGCGGCUGCGCGAACUAAUGCUACCCAACGUUGGAGUGAAACUAAUGGAGGUGGGGGCGUUCCACGGGCUGCCUCAGCUGGAAGUGCUCAACUUGACCAACAACCAUCUCGCGGUGAUCGAUAAGGAUUGCUUGGUCGGUAUGCCAAGCUUGCAGGUGUUGGAUUUGAGCAACAAUCGAAUCAAGGAGAUCUUGGCGGAUUCGUUUUUUGAAUUGCACGGGGUCAAUCGACUUGAACUGGGCGGAAAUAACAUUACCACUUUGAAGGGGCACGUAUUCGACGGUCUGCGCAAUGUAACGGACUUAAACCUGUCGGGCCUUUCGAUAGUGACGCUGGAAUCGAACGCAUUUUUCGGACUUACAAAGUUGAAAACCCUAAGCUUGAGAGGGAAUCGAAUUAGCGUACUUGAAAGGCGUACGUUUAAUGGGUUGAGCUUGGACAGCCUCGAUUUGAGCGGAAACGAACUUCGUAGUCUACCCGCGGGUGGGUUUCAGGGUGCGAGCAUUUUCGCGCUUAAUUUGAGCGACUUUGGACUACAAGCGAUCGAGUCGAACGCCUUUGGAGGGUUGAGCAUGUUACGGUCAAUUGAUAUGGGCAACAAUCACGUGAGCACUCUCCAAAAUGGGACGUUUGAGGGAUUGAGCUCGCUGUUACAGCUGGACUUGACUAAUCUAGGUAUCGAGACGAUUGAACCUGGCGCAUUUAGGGGGCUUGAGAGUCUGAUGCAACUCAGCUUAAAUGGAAAUCCACUCAAGCAGCUAAAGGCACAGAGCUUCUCCGAGUUGAGCAAGCUAGUCCUAUUAAACUUACCAGAUGGAUUGACAUCGAUCGAACCAAACACAUUUGAUGGACUUUCUCUAUGCGGCCCAGUACUACGUUUGUCCAAUGGGAACCUAUCGACGGUGGAAGAAAACGUGUUCGCAGGACUAUUCCUGGUGGAGAUUCUCGUAUUCGACAAUAUGACCAUUGGAAGCAUCAAGGCGAACGCAUUUCGCGGCUUGGACGAGUUGUCUGCAAUUUUUUUAAACAACAGCACGAUUGGCAUGAUCGAGGAGAGAGCCUUUGCUAACAUGGAUCGUGUUAAGUUCAUCGUAAACACAAAUUUUCGACAAAACACCGAUCGUGAGACUUCGUUUCAUAAUGGCCACUACUCAUUUCGCAAAAUGGGAAUAAAGCAAAUGGAGGCGGGCGCCUUUAAAAACAUUCGCGCACACUCUGACAGAGAUCUGACAGGCGCUCUGGAGUUGGCAUUGAACCUAGACGACAACGAACUCGCGGAGAUUUACGCCGAUCACUUCCUCGGCAUGGAACACAUCGAAGAACUGUCGAUUAGGAACAACCAACUAGUCUCAAUAGCACACGGUGCGUUUUCCACCCUCACCUCACUGAAACGGCUUCGCUUACCCGACAAUCAUAUCUUCAUCUUAAAGGACGCGUUUAUUGGACUGAGCAAACUGCACACUCUCGACUUGGACAACAACAAUAUCACAUUUUUACCUCCCGACCUGUUCACUCCCCUAAAAGAGCUCCACCGCCUCAAACUUGGCAGUAACUACCUCACCGAACUGGCCGUUGGCAACUUCCCGGCAAUUCCCCUUCGACUACUCGAUCUUGGCAACAACAACAUCAGCGAGGUCGAAAACGGAACCUUCGACGACAUCAGGCCGUUGGACUUCCUCAACAUGUCCUACAACAGCCUGGAAGACUUUGACAUCGCGAUCCUCUCCCCUCUACAGAAGCUCAAAACGUUUUGCAUCGCCACGAACAACUUACGAGAGUUUGACGCCCUCCAGCUCGUCGACACCCUCCCCAAGCUGCAGACGAUCGACCUGAACGAUAACUCGAUACCCUGCGAUGAUUUCUCCCACAUUUUGACCGUGUUCAGGACGCACGGGCUCGAGUACGUGACCGCCGCGGAGAAGCUCUCAUUGGGAAGCUACGACGGCGUGAUUUGCGAGCCGAACCAAAAACCGAAGGUGCUCAACGCGACGAGCUACAAGGGUAUGGCGAGGAAAGCGCGCGAGAAGCUGGAGAAGAUAGGCGAACACUUCAAGACGAUUAGGUCGGGUUUGAAGAAAGGCCUCGACGAGCGCGCGGCCGUCAUUCAGGCCAAGCUGAGCGAUUUGGUCCAGACGCUACAGAGCGCGGCGGGAAAGCGCGAGUCGGUGAGUCCCUUCCAGAUCAUCCUCAUUAUUGUCUGUGUCGUUAUAUGUAUUGUGCAACUUGUUGGUGUCUACAAAAAGUGCCGAAACAGAAGGUGAGUGGUAUCAUCGCGGGUUAAGGGGUUGAGGACCUGGACCUACCAGAAAAGUAGGAUGAAGAUCGAAACUUAUUACAGUGUUAGGUUAUCGUAAACUUGCGAACAUAUUUUAAAAUAUUACGUUUUUAACCGGAAGUAAUUUUUUUGUAAGUAGUGGAUUCCCUUUAUUAACAUACUAACCACUAUCACUACCACUACUAACCGCCCAUUAUCUAUGAGAGUAUGAAAUUUAUAUGUGUAGAUCAUUAAUUAAUGCAAUAAGUCAGUAAGUUGUUUCUCGUUAACUGAGAAUUUUAUUAUAGCAAUGAACAAAGGAAAUGACAAAUCAUGGCCUUGAAAAUAUAAU